CCGCCAUCAAAAUCUAAAAGAAGAAGAUGUUUAGUUUUACGACAGCUCCGUUCAAGCAAGCGAGGAAGUGUUGUGACGUUGAGUGAAAACAUCAGACAUGGUUGUGCAAAUAAAAGUAGAAUACUGUGGCGGAUGAGGGUACGGUCCCCGCUAUCAGGAGCUCGAGCGGGUCGUCACUGCUGAGUUCACUGAUGCGGAUGUGGCCGGCUUUGUUGGUCGCCAGGGGAGCUUUGAGAUUGAGAUCAAUGGAAAGCUGAUCUUCUCAAAGUUAGAAACCAGUGGCUUCCCCUAUGAGGAUGACAUAAUGCGUGCUAUCCAGAGCGCCUCUGAUGGCCAGGCAGUGGAGAAGAUCACCAAGAGUCAGCCUCCUUGUGUCAUCCUCUAAUGUUUUCAUAAUAAACCUUUUCUUUUUGGCUCCCAUAACUAUAUCAGCACCUCAGGGACAACUUUGAGAAGGUCUGAAGAUUAAGAUGUAUAUAAAAAUACCUGUUCUCAUAUAAUAACUUUAAAAGGUCUGGUGUGGGAUCCUUAUACGUCCUCUCCUCUUCACUUCUUCUGUCCGGUUGCUGGACAUAAAUGAUUAUCGUAACUCUAAAGUCAAAGUUACGGUUUGAGGCCUACAGUCCAUGCAACCUCUUCGCAGAAGAAGAUAGAUAGGGGACAAUGAGGAGGGAGCCAAUGAAAGGGUCCUUCUGCUUGUUAUUUGGUGUUGUUUUGGGGUAAAAAUAAAAAACUUAUUCAAAAUGUGUAGUGAUGCUAAUAUACUAAAACACUGGUUAAAUGAAGGGAACACUUUAAGCUUGAAAUGAUCUUAAUCGACAUAUUUUCAGUGUGUUUGUUUGAGUAUACUGUCCCUCAUGUUUUGCUAGCAUAAAUAUCUCAGGUGAUGGUCAUUUUUAAGCAUUUUUUCCACAUAUUUUCAAUGUUUAAAUCUGGUUUAGUGAUGUUUUUUUACUUGCAAACACUGUCGCAGGUUAGCAUGUUGUAUUUGUUUUUAUAGAAACCUUUGAAGUCUUUGUGAAGGCCAUGAUUGAUGCAUAUACAGUGCAUCAAAUAGACCAUGAACUAGAUCUGUCUCCCAAUUUCAUUUAAGGGGUAAAUAAAAGUAACAACUAAUGUUUUAUUAUAAAGGUAUGUCUGUCAGGUUGUCUAUCACUAUGAUUUUAAUGGUACUAGCAUAUAAUAAUGUAGGUUAAAACAAUUUAAAAGCCUUUAUAAUAAAGUUGGAACACAUGCAGUGCAGUGUGCGUUUCUGCUAGUUAGCUGCUAUGGAGGGCAUGUGAUGUUUAGCUGCCUAAUGUAAUGAACAUUAAAUAAUAAACUUUAAAUUGUUGACCUUAAAUAAAAUAUGCGGAUUGCUAAUAAUA